GGUUGAUUAUCUUGUUAUCGGUUCUGUCUGUUUAUUGGUUAUCUUUGUCAGGUGUUCUCCCAUGUCCAUGUAUUUAAACCCUCAUGUUUUCCAUUUUGCUUUGUUAGGUAUUAUAUGUUUGGUAUGCUGUUCAUGUCAAGUUUAUGUCAAGUUCAUGUUUAUGUUUGCUUCAUGUUUAUAGUUAGGGUUUUCACGUUUAUUAAUAUAUUUGCACUUGGGUUCUUUACACCAUCAUCUUCUCUUUGUUUACAUCAUUGCCAGCACCAGCAGCAAUGUUACAGUUUUAAUUGAGUGUCUGAUCCUGAGCUUUACUGUAUGUUCAUUUUGAAAGUGUUUUGUUUCACCCACAGAUGAUCAGAAACUCCACCCUCAUGAAACACUUACCAGGAAGUGACUGUCUUAUUAUUUCUCACUUUACUCUCAUACUGAUUAUUUUCUUUAUUUUUGGACUCAGUGAUCAGUGAAGAACGAAGGGAAAGACUUUCAAAAAAGAUUUUUGUGAAGUUUGUUUUAGAGUCGACAGCAGAUCUUUGGUGAUUCUGAUGAUUAUUCAUUAUUGAAAGCAACAUUCAGAAAGUGAAAGUAAAGUUCAGAUCGUUGGAGCUUUUAUAAACAGUGAAAAUGGAUUCACUAUAUGUGGAAGAACUUUCUUGUCCCGUGUGCUCUGAAAUCUACAAGAAUCCUGUUGUUCUGUCGUGUAGUCACAGUGUGUGUAAAGAGUGUCUUCAACAGUUCUGGAAAACCAAGAGAACUCAGGAGUGUCCUGUCUGCAGGAGAAGAUCUUCAACAGAAGAACCUCCUGUUAGUCUUUCACUAAAGAACUUAUGUGAGUUAUUUGUGAAGGAGAGAAAUGAGACGGAGAUCUGCAGUUUACACAGUGAGAAACUCAAACUCUUCUGUCUGGACGAUAAACAGCUGGUGUGUUUAGUGUGCAGAGAUUCAGAGAAACACGUCAAUCAUAAAUUCAGAUCCAUCAGUGAAGUUGUUUCAUCUUACAAGGAGAAACUCAAUACAGCACUGGAGUCUUUACAAGAGAAACUCAAACACAAAGAAAACAUUAAAGGAGAGUUUGAUAAAUCAGUUAAACACAUCAAGACUCAAGCUGAGCACACAGAGCGUCAGAUUAAAGAGGAGUUUAAGAAGCUUCAUGAGUUUCUCCGAGAUGAAGAAGAAGCUACAAUCACUGAACUGAGAGAGGAAGAGGAGCAGAAGAGUCAGAUGAUGAAGAAGAAGCUUGAGGAGAUGAACACACACAUCUCAGCUCUUUCACACACAAUCAAAGACAUGGAGGAAAUGAUGAAAGCCAAUGACGAUGUCUCAUUUCUAAAGAACUUUAAUGUGACAAUGGAAAGAGUCCAGAGCUCACAGCCGGAUCCACAGAUGACUUCUGGAGCUUUCAUUAAUGUGCCACAUUACUUGGGCAACCUGACAUUCAGAGUCUGGAAGAAGAUGCAAGACAUUGUCCACAAGACUCCUGUGAUUCUGGAUCCAAACACUGCAAAUCCACGUCUGAUCCUGUCUGAUGAUCUGACCAAUGUGAGAUUCAGCGAGAACAGACAAACAUUACCUGAUAAUCCAGAGAGAUUUGACUGUGAUUCGUGUGUUCUGGGUUCAGAGGGUUUUAACUCAGGAACACACUGCUGGGAUGUGGAGGUUAAAGACAAUAAAGGCUGGAGUCUUGGAGUAACUACAGCAUCAAACCAGAGGAAGGGAUAUGUUUUCUUUAACACUGAUGUCUGGAGUGUGGGGUAUAAUAAGACUGGAUAUCUUUCAUGGUGUCCCACUGUGUUUCGUGUCACACAGAAUCUUGAGCGUGUGAGAGUUCAUCUGGAUUAUGAUGGAGGAAAAGUGUCAUUCUCUGAUCCUGUAACUAACACACAUCUACACACAUUCACACACACAUUUACACACACACUCUUGCCAUAUUUCAGGAAUUAUGCUGCCACUCCUCUGAGGAUUUUACCAGUAAAAUGUUUGUAACAACAGAAAAUAUCUGAAUGUUUUUUUCUUUGAGAUAUUUCAUAUUAAAUAUAUAAAUCAUAACCCAACAUAGACUAAACAACUAACAUUUAAUCAAAUAAGAUUGAGUAUUACCAUCCCACACGACUUCUUAACCAGCUCUUUCAUAGUUCAUAGAAAUCUGUUCAAUUUGAUCAUACUGUAAAAACACUUCAUUUCAACAUUUACUCUCCCCAUCCAGUCUGUUUGUUUGUUUUGUUUUGAUCUGUAUUGUUAAAUAACAACAGAAGGUCACAUGAUGACUUAAAGUUCAUCAAGAGUGAAUCAUCCAGGAGAAAUAAUUAAUACACAUGUAGAGACACGAACACAAAACACCAUCAGAGUAACACAUGUGAUACUAAAAUAAUGCAAUAAACAUCCAAAUAUAACACAGAACUCCCCAAAGUACAUAACUGAUAUUAAAGAAUAAGAAGAAACAUCUCUAUUUCCAUAGAAUAUAAUGAGAUGUGAAGGGUCACGCAGGGAAUUCUGGGAACGCCCAAUUAUUGUUUUUCACCGUAAUUUUAACAAUAGUUUAGUGUAAAACUACAUGUAUUCUCUUGUUAGAUAUAAUAUACAUUUUUAACAUUAAUUAUACAGUGAAAUCAUAAUUUUACAUCUAAAAUAAAUACAAUAUUUGACUGUCAAUUUGUACUUUUUUAUAUAUGUUAAGGAAACUUCCUGUUAUAAUAUCUUGUGUCGCAAAUAUAGCGUCAAAUUAAGAAAAUUUAUUUAAACUUUAUAAAUAAAAUUUGUUGUCAAUGAGAAAUAUUUGCUGAAAAUGUUCAAUUUGCUGUGAAUAAAUGUAUUUUUAGGGGAAUUUAACACCUUUAUUAAAAAAUGAGAAAUUAAUGUUUAAUUAUAUUAUAUUUUCUCUGUAAAAUUAUUAUUUGUUUUUACACUGGAAGAAAUCCUUUUUUUUUUUUUUUUACAUAUUUUUAAAGAAAUCUCAAGUCAAAAAAUCAUUUUCACAUGUUAAAAUCAUGAGGUUUACCUUCAUUUAAAGGGGAAUGCCUGUUUUUUUCUGUAACACAUAUAAUGAGUUAAGUAAGAAUGAAAAUGUACAUUUUAUGUGAGUAAAUGUAUUUUAGGGGAAUUGAACACUUUUAUUAAAAAUAAUGAAUGUUUUUAUACUUGAAAUGGAAGAGCUUUAUGAAGUAGAAUCUCUGUACCUCUAGAUUUAUACAGUAUGCUGAAUUGAAAUGGUAUAGCUGUCCUACCCUAUUUUUCCUCAUUCUGUUGUGGUCUGCAGGUAAAAGGUGUGUUUCAUGUAGUAUUAAGAUCAUCAAAUGGUUCAAUACUUUGUUACACUUAGUUGGUGAGUUUAGGCGCAUAACAUUCCAGUUUGAGAAAGUUACAUGACCUAAAAAACUGAAUGAAUCAGUUUCUUUCAGCUCGUUAUUAAACUCAUUUUUAUUGGUGCAUUUCUACUUGUGCUGACAGGAUGACAAAGAGUGCAUGACAUCAUCACCAUGGUAACCAGAUUCAUUUCAGCGGAUUUGUAGAGAGACUAGAAUGAAAAUAACUUCAAAUCGCAUCAAUUUCUUCUCUGUAAAUGAUACUAGAGAGAACAGCGAAAAGAAAAAUGAGUAUAUUGUGAGUCAAUUUAAAAACGUUACUCAGAGGUCCUUAGAGGACAAAAAAGUCCACAUCAAAAAACUGCCAUAAUAAUAUUAUAUAUUAAUAUUAUUUUCCACUUAAUCAACAUCAGUCCUGAUCAUAGCUACCAAAUAUUCAUUCAUUUUCAGGAUUUUAACCCUUUAAAUGCCAGUUUGUUUACUUAAUGCCACUGUUGUUCUUUACACACACACACACACACACACACGCACACACUUACUCACUCACACACACACACACACACACACACACACACACACACUCUGACAUCCAUACCAACACACACACACAAUUCUAUCUGCAUCAUUUAUUCAAUUAGCCUGCAGUGCUCUAUAAUACAGCAAACAGAGAAUAGGGGAAAAGCAUGUAUUUGCUCCAUAGGCUAAACAUGAGAAAAAUGGCGCCAUCUGGUGGAAAAUAUUAAUAAUGUAAAUGUUGAAGCCAGGGCUCCAGAAUGAAAGCAUAAUAUCAUAGAAUUCAUGAUUUUAUGCUUUAAUGGCACUGGGAUCAAAUAUUGCAGUUUUAAUGGGUUUCAAUGGGGACAUUUUUGUCCUGAAGUUCCUGAGUGUGACUAUUUUGUGUACACAGUGUAUUAUAGAUGUAUUAUAGAUGAAUUAUAGGAACUUUACAGUAAUAAUUGUAGCACAAUAACAAUAGUUUAACUCUGGUUAAUUUAGUAAAACUGUGGUUGGGUUAGUAAAGAAUUAAAUUAUGGUAUAAAAUUGGCAGCUUUUCAAAACGAAUUUCCACACUGAAAAGUGUUUAAUCUAUUACGAUUUAUGCAUUUACAUUUCAUAUUAAUAUUCAUUAAAUUGUUUAAUGUUGAACAAAAUGAUAUUAAUAAAUCUUGAAAUGUUUUUAUAAGAUUACUCAAGUGAGAUUGAUGUAAUUUUGUUAUAAAACCGGAAAAUUGAAUUAAUAACUUUAUGAGCUUUGCUUCUAUAUAUUUUCUUUAACUUAUCUGAGGGUUUCUCGGGGCAGAUCCUGGUUCCGCGCGGCAUCUCACGAAGUAGGUGAGUCACCUGACAGACGGACCUGUACCCGUUCAAAAAUUCCUCUCGCGAGUUUGAGCGAGGACACGGGCGUCACCCCGCGUCGUUAUUUUCCUUACUCAU